AUGGGUCGAGUACGUACUAAGACCGUCAAGCGCGCUGCGCGUCAGAUCGUAGAGAAGUAUUAUGCGAAGCUUGGUUUGGACUUCCACUUCAACAAGAAGGUUGCGGAAGAGGUGGCCCAGAUUCCAUCUAAGCGUAUGCGCAACAAGGUCGCUGGGUUCAUCACUCAUUUGAUGCGUCGCAUCCAAAAGGGUCCUGUUCGUGGCAUUUCGCUGAAGCUCCAGGAGGAAGAGCGUGAACGCCGUAUGGACUUCGUCCCUGAACGUUCUGAGGUGGACGUGCCGCUGAUCCAGGUGGACCAGGACACUGCCGAUAUGUUGAGCUUCCUGAAGCUGAACAUCCCCAACGUUAAGGUGAUCACCGCCAAUAUGCAUGGUGAUGCUAUGCACCAGAGGUUCUGA